GCUCCCUCUCACUCCUGCACUUGUUGCCGCGCGGAGAGCACGUGACCGCGCUGCGCUCCGAAGAGGCGUCAUAAAUAUGCAGAGAGCGCACGCGAUACACAGCCCGGAGCCGCACACGCAGAGCGCGCGCUCCACUGUCGGUGCGCUAAAGAGUGCAGUCUGAUUAGCGCCAGUGUUUUACACGUUCAACUGAUUUGUACGAUGUAAGCGCGCGCUUUUUCUUUUGUCGUUGUUUGCCAAGAGUUUUUUUUUUCCCCCUUCUCCUUGGUGUUUAAUGUGAUUGGAUUAAUCUUUGGAUACGAGCGGAGAAACCGGACAGCACCCAACAUCUGGGGGAACUAUGUGAAGAUUUCGCAACACAUCCUUGGCCACAGUGUUCCCUCCUCAGCAGCAGACAUGAAGUCUGUUCUGGAUGGCGUGGCAGACACCACCUUCAGGACCAUCACCUCCGGGCUUCAGUACCUUGGGUCCAAUGACGCCAGCUACGAUGACCCCAAUAUCGAUGCUGAUUUUGUCAAAGGCAGCUACUCCUUUCAGAAGCCACCAUCUGCAUUCCGCAGCAGCUCCUUCCCGGAUAAAGUCGGGCCGGACGAGGAACUCAUCAUUAAAGGGCUUCCCUUUUAUCCCACCAAUGGCACAGAUCUUUUUGGGAACCAGAGCCUGGGGGAGGAAGGGGCCAGUGUGCAGUGUGGGGAGAACUUCAUGGACAUGGAGUGCUUCAUGAUCCUGACUCCAAGCCAGCAGUUGGCCGUGGCGGUCAUGUCUCUGACUCUGGGUACCUUCACAGUUCUGGAGAACCUAGUGGUUUUGUGUGUGAUCUUGCAUUCACGCACACUGCGCUGCAGACCUUCUUAUCACUUCAUUGGUAGCCUGGCUGUGGCAGAUUUGUUGGGCAGUGUCAUUUUUGUCUACAGUUUCUUGGACUUCCACAUUUUUCACCGCAAAGAUAGUCCCAACAUAUUUCUGUUUAAGCUUGGAGGUGUCACAGCGUCCUUUACUGCCUCUGUUGGGAGUCUCUUUCUCACAGCCAUCGAUCGAUAUAUCUCAAUCCAUCGUCCGCUGGCCUACCGACGCAUUGUGACGCGAACCAAGGCAGUGAUCGCUUUCUGCAUGAUGUGGGCCAUUUCCAUCAUCAUUGCGGUGCUUCCACUUCUCGGGUGGAACUGCAGACGCUUGAACUCUGUGUGUUCGGACAUUUUCCCACUCAUUGAUGAAAAUUACCUGAUGUUCUGGAUUGGCGUGACCAGCAUCCUUUUGAUUUUCAUCAUCUACGCGUACAUGUACAUCCUGUGGAAGGCCCACCACCAUGCCGUACGAAUGCUUAGCCGGACCUCGCAGAAAAGUCUGGUGGUUUACUCCACGGAUGGCACCAAGGUUCAGACCACCCGACCUGAGCAAGCCCGGAUGGACAUUCGCCUUGCCAAGACGCUCGUUCUCAUUCUGGUGGUCCUGGUGAUCUGCUGGGGUCCCUUGCUGGCCAUCAUGGUGUACGACCUUUUCUGGAAGAUGAAUGAUGACAUCAAGACAGUGUUUGCUUUCUGCAGCAUGCUCUGCUUGCUUAACUCCACCGUGAACCCCAUCAUUUAUGCACUGAGGAGUAAGGACCUGCGCCGGGCCUUUCUGGCCACCUGCCAAGGCUGCAGGAGCAGCAGCAUCACGCAGCAGUUGGACAACAGCUUGGAGUCGGACUGCCAGAACCGCAACCUGCAGAUCCAUGCCCACCGAGCGGCUGAGAGCUGUGUCAAGACCACUGUGAAAAUAGCCAAAGUGACCAUGUCCGUCUCUACCGACACCUCGGCUGAAGCCGUCUAAUGCCCCAGACAGUUCUGGGGCAUGAAAAAGGGGAAGGAAUGAUAAAAGCCAUGUGCUAAAUAUUGGCAUGAGAGUGUGUCCAUUUCAAGUUCAACUGUGGCUCAACUUGUCGAACAAGGGAAUCCAAUAUUUAACUGAAGACAAUAAUGGACCAAGGGUUCAAAUGCAGCACAAAAGGGGCAGUUCAUUAAUUUCCAUUGUUGGAUGAUGUGUGCCACUGUGGCAUCUUAGUAUUAAAGUGCCAAAAUCGUUCUCCAAAGUGAGAGCAUCAUUCUCAAUCAUGGCAUCAGUUCUUGUAUUGGGAUUCUUACUGUGUUUGUUGUGCCAUUCUUAUCAGUCAUAUCAAUCAUGUGUGGAUGUCGUGAAUGUUCUCAUGAAGGCUUACUAUAUUUUUAUACUUUGAAAAAAUCAGGUUCUUGAACAAUUAUAUCUUCUCUCAUUGGGACAAGGGGCUAUUGAUCUUUUUAGUAUGAAAAUGUUUAAGAUGUACUGUAUGUAGAUAUUGUAAAUAUCUGGUAAUACACUGUACUAUAUGUAUAAUCCGUUCAGUAGUGCUCAAAAACGAAUCGCAGAUCUCUCACUAUCUGUGAGAUACGUCUGUUAGUAAUGGUAGUGAAACAUUCAAACAAAAUAUUUGAAAAAAUUGGGGACUGUACUCCAGAUCAAAUAUACGGUAACAUGAAAAGUGUGAAUAUUGACUUGAAUAUUGUUUGUUAUUGUGUUAAGUCUUAAUUUAUGUGGUGUUGUUCUGAGCUCUUUAGGACUCCUAUCCCAUUGUUGGUUUUGAGUCUCCUCACUUAUCCUGAAUGUUCCAGAGACAGAGUUUUUUUUUUUUUUGAUGGAUCGACUGUUUAGUAAAAUGUGCUGUUUGCUUUGAUACAGUUUGUCUUUUUAGUGCAUGAUGUGCUGGUUUCUUGGACCCAGGACUAGUCCAGGAGGAAGAUGAUGGCGAAUCACCAUUUCCCAGCCAGAACAAGGAAUACUUUCUGUCUGGUUAACCGACCACAUGGGUUACACUGAACAAUAGGAGCAGAGAAAAGAAAUGGACAUCUUCUAGUUAAAAAAAAAAAAGUGUAAAUCUUGCUAUUCAGUAAUAAUAUCAAACUGUAAUGUGGUGUUUUUCUUGUGGUUUCUGUUACUGGUGUGGCCAAAAACAGGCCAGUUAUGUCAUUUUACGCAGAACAUUUAGCAGUCUCUGGAAUAAUGACUAAGUUUAGGAUUUGGACAGGAGAUAUUGAUAGGUUUAAAUGGCAAUACCAAUAAUGAUCUUAAGGAAAUGUGAAAGAAUAUACGUCGGCCAGAGACUGAAAAUAAAACAAUCGAGUUGUACCAUGUUUCGUGUAUUGUGGUAUUAAUAGUGAUGAGAUCAAUCCAAAACUGUUAUGUAUAGCAUUUUUUCUUCUGUUUCCUAAAAAAGCAAAAAUUUUGCAAGGUUGUGUUAACAUUAUGGUGUGCUGGCUACACCUAAGAUAAAUGUGUUAAAAAAAUCAAUUAUGGCCGCAGUCGUGUCCUGAAAUAUACAUUAUAAUUACAUCUAAUACACCUGUAAGAGCAACCUAUUUUUACCUAACCAUUCCACUGUAUAUAUAUAUAUUCAUUUUAAGAAAUAGAUGACUCCCCAAAGCAUGGUGAAUUGAGUUCCUAUGAUAGGGCUGAGGUCCUAUAGAUGCAGAUUGCAGUCACAAAUUUUACAUUGAAUAGCACUUAAUAAAAAUAACCAGUUUAACCCAUGAUGCAUUCUGUUAAUCUUUCCUACGUGCUUUAAAUAGUUAUAAAUUUGCACAAAUGUGAGCCUAGCAUCAGGCUAAAUUACACCGUCAAAAAGGGGAUCCUUCGUUGUGAAUCAUUUUUCAGUCAAGCUUAAUCUGUGGCUCAGAACCAGCCAUCUGUAAAUCUGAAUUUCAACAUGUUUUAUUAACAUUAUGAAGGAUUUCAGUGCUGUUUAUUGAUAGUUACUGUAUGCUGAUUAGCUGACAUCUACCAUGAUCCUUAACCUCCUUGCUGACUCUCUGCUUUUUCUGCCAUUGUUGUGUGUGGAGUGGAGAUUAAAUACCACAAAACCUUCAAGUGGCUUCUGUUCCAAAGUGGCACAUGACCUGUACAUCUGAAAAUAUUGACGCUGUGACAACUUGUAAUUAAUGCUUUGCAAUGUGGUCUGUUUUAAGAUUUUCAAUAAAGUCACAACUUACCAUCAGA